GGAAUAUAUUCCAGUUUUAAAAGAUUAGUGUGAAAAAAAGGCAAUAGAAACAAAUGUCGUCCCUGAACAAUUACGAAUAGCCAAAUGGUUACAAUCACGCCAUUCAGAUAUUUAAAUACAAAUAACAACAUUAAUAUAUCUAAACAGGUAGUACUGUACACAAUUGACCUCAUACUUCGUCUGGUUUAUGGAUUCUUACUACUCAAUUUAUGACAGGUACCUAUACAAAAGAAACUUGUCCAACACUGCCUAAGUACAAACUUGUCAAAACAAUAAUUUAUCAAACAUUUAUCAUACAAUGGCCCACUUAGUCAUUGUACCUAUACCUAUAUUAUUUUGUAUUCUAUCAAAUCAUUAAGAUAAAUUAAAAAACUGAUCAAAAUGAUGAAAUCUGAGAUUCGCAAACCUGAUACAUUUUUGUAUUUUGCAUAUGCUGACAAUAUGGUAAAGUUCAGAAUGAAAAUGUUCAAUCCAUCAGCAGAAUUUGUUUCUAUUGCUCGAGUAGAUAAUUACAGACUGGAUUUUAAUAAAUAUGUCAAGUUUUGGGGUGGUCCUAUCGCAACUCUUGUCCCGACGGCCAACGCUCAUGUAUGGGGUGUCAUUUGGAGACUUCAUAGAGAUGAGCUGGAAUCUCUUGAUCAUCAAAAUGGUAUUGAGUCAUAUACAUACUUCGUAAAAUACGUAGAGGUUCUUACUCCAUAUAUGGGUACAUUCAGGUGUCGUACAUACCUGCAAACAAUUUAUCCCUUGCCUAGAGGUAACAGAGACCCCAUUCCCGCUGAGCGAUGGCCGUCAUGGGGUUACAAAGAAUUCAUAAUAAUUGGCGCUAAGCAACAUGGUGUACCACCGUAUUAUAUAAGAUUCUUGAGAAAGUUUAAAGACAAUGGUGAUGAAGGCUGUAUACGAUCUGACUGCUUAUUGGUGCGCUAUGGAAGUAAUCAGCCGUGCCUAUGUAGAGUACCUGGCCUCAUCCCACGAAAACCUCUAAAGCUGAAUUUAAAGGCAGAUAGGGAAGGGAAGCUGCUUCCACGUCCAAUAAGAUCGGUUAAUGUAGAAGAACCAGAGAAAAAAAGGUCGAAGAAAAAAUUGACGUUUUAAAGAAUUAAAUGAAAAUUAAAGAAUUAAAUAAAAUUUUUGAAGAUUUUAUGAGAAUUAUAAAACAAUUACGCA